UUAGAUCUAUGCUAGUCUUCAGAACUCGAGAUGAAACAGAAGAGAGAAGAACAAAAAGGGGCAGGGUCGCGCUAGAUCUGCCACAGUUCUCGCACCCUCUGGUCUGCCCUCACUCAAGAUGGCCACCAGCAAAAUGGUGCAGUGGCGAGAGUCGCGCUGCCCUGGUUGCUAAGGAGAUGCGACUACCGGAAAUGCGGCAUUCGGGGAGGGCUCGGGAGCUACGGCAGAGGGUGGGAGGCCUGGCGUCACAGGUCCUGACUGGGAAGAAGUAGGCAGGUCCUGGCAGGGGAGAGCCGUGGCGGCGGGACCUCGGGUAUCAGAGGCUCUAGCGGGAUGGAAUCUCAAGUCUCUGACGCCGCAGCCGGUCAAGCAGAACAGACGGCAGGCGAGGGCCAGGCAAACAGCGGCGCCGCUCCGGGACCCGCAGCCUCGGCGUCCUUGGGUGCCGCCCGGUGGAAGCUCCUGCGGCAGGUUCUGAAACAAAAACACCUGGAUGACUGUCUACGACAUAUAUCUGUAAGAAGAUUUGAAUCAUUUAAUCUGUUUUCAGUAACAGAAGUCAAAAAAAGGGAAACUGAAGAGGAAGCUGGCGCCUGGGUCCAAUAUACAAGCAUCUUCUAUCCUGAAUACAGUAUUUUCGUAAGGCAUAAUAGUGGAUCUCUGAAUGUUGAAGAUGUUCUUACCAGCUUUGACAAUACAGGAAAUGUCUGCAUCUGGCCGGCUGAAGAGGUUUUGGCUUACUACUGCCUCAAGCACAGUGGUAUAUUCAGGGACCUUGCUGUGUGUGAGCUAGGGGGUGGCAUGACAUGCUUGGCUGGGCUCAUGGUUGCUAUUUCUGCAGAUGUCAAAGAAGUUCUGUUAACUGAUGGGAAUGAAAAGGCCAUCAGAAAUGUGAGAGACAUCAUUGCAAGGAAUCAGAAGGCUGGUGUCUUUAAGACUGGGAACAUAUCAAGCUGCGUUUUACGAUGGGAUAAUGAGACAGAUGUCUCUCAACUGGAAGGACAUUUUGACAUUGUUAUGUGUGCUGACUGCCUGUUUCUGGACCAGUACAGAGCCAGCCUUGUUGAUGCAAUAAAGAGAUUACUCCAGCCCAGGGGGAAAGCAAUGGUAUUUGCCCCACGCCGAGGGAAUACUUUAAACCAGUUUUGCAGUCUAGCUGAAAAAGCUGGUUUCUCUAUCCAAAGACAUGAAAAUUAUGAUGAACACAUUUCAAACUUCCACUCCAAGUUGAAAAAGGAAAACCAGGAUGUCUAUGAAGAAAAUCUUCAUUUCCCGCUUCUGCUUAUUUUAACCAAAGACGGAUAGAAGCUUCAACAGCUCUAAAGAUGAAGAAAACAUCAAGUGCAUAGGCAAUACUUUAGCAAAACCAGAAAUCUGUAAUGGGUAUAAUAUGCAGCAAGCUGUUGGCUCCCUGAGAUUUUUAAACCCCCAGGACUUGGGCCCCCACCACCUCUGAGACAUUCCAUGUGUGGGUUAUGGGGUCCACCUGCUCACCCACGUGACUCUCCAGCCAUCCUAGACUCCUCUUUUUUCCAUCUGCUUGUUGCUCUUUCUACACCAAACCUAUGUCUUUAAAUAUGUAUUAGCAGCCUAUGUGAGAUUUGAAUGGGACUUGUAAGCCACCCAAAUAUUUUUCCCUCUCAGAAUUUCUUUUGGUGAUUCAUAUCCCACCCCACCCCACCCUCCUUUAGAAAAUAUCCUGGUCUUUGUUGUAUUUUUAGUGAUGGUCGUUUUUCAUCUGCCAAACCAGCAAACAUGAUGAUUCUUUCCUGGUUAAAAAAAAUAAAUAAAUCAAAUCUUUCAGAUCA